AUGGAAGGGAGGAUGGAACAAUACUUUGAGUUUAAAGAAACACCCCCAAACCAACAAUACAAGAUCGCAAAAAUAAAACUGACCAAAUCGGCUGCAGUUUGGUUAGAGGGCAUUCAAAAACAAAGACUUAGAGAAGAGAGGAAUAGAAUUAACACUUGGGAAAAGCUUAGGAAACAUAUGAAAAGGAGAUAUGUCCCAACUACAUAUAAGCAGCAACAGAUUGUGCAGUUACACGCCAUGAAACAAGGGACUAGAUCUGUGGAGGACUAUAUGAACGAAUGGGAGAGACUAUAUGUUCUUUGUGACCUUCAUGAGGCUGAGGAAAUAAAGGUGGGAAGGGAGAUUGAGAGACAAGCCUACAGAACAGCAAACUCCCAAGUGAGGAACACAAGAGCCUACCCAUCUAGGACUACCAAUAGUCUAACAGUACCUAGGAAGGAGACACCCACCCCCGGACCCAGACCUACUAAUACCAGAACAGAGACCAAUACCAAGCCACAGGACAUAGUAUGCUUUAAAUGCAAUGGGAGGGGGCACUAUAAGAGGGACUGUCCUAAUGCCAGGGCUUUCACAAUGAGGGAAUGGACUGAUAUUAGGCAAAACACUAACCCUAAGAGACUCUUGGUUUUAAAGAAUGGACAAGAAGAAGAGCUAGACCCCCCCAGUUUGAGUGAUGGUGAUGGCACAUUCAUAGGAGAUGAACAGGGAAAUUGGCACACUUUUGAAGGGGAUUCUGAGGAGGAAGGAGAGGGAGAGCUAGAAAGAAUCCCCCCUGAAGAAGAACACUUGAACCUCAUCAUCAGGAGAAGCUUUCACAACACACCCAUGAAUAAAAAAUCAGAUCAGAGAGAAAACAUCUUCCAAACAAAGUGCAAAAUACAGGGGAAAGUAUGUGAUUUGAUUAUUGACAGUGGGAGUGAGGCUAAUUGUAUCAGCAGGCAUUUAGUUGAGGAAUUACACUUAAGGACUAAACCUCACCCUAACCCCUACAAGAUGAAAUGGCUGGACACAAAAUCCAGUGGAUAUGAUAAAAAAACCAUGCACAAUGGCUAUGAUAACACAUACACCCUUAAGCACAAUGGGAAGAAGAAGGAAUUCCUACCCCUGCCUCCACACAGAGCAGUCCCACCCCAACCCUCCAAGGUUCAUGUACACUUAAUGAAUAAAAGAGAGUGUGAAAGAGAAAUGCAGGGAACAGGAGAGCUGUACUUAUUAGUCACUAAGGAAGUGCAAGAACCCACACCCAUACCUACUGAGAUGACUGGAUUACUAGAGCAGUAUAACGAUGUCUUCCCCACUGACCUACCACCUGGACUACCACCAGUAAGGGGUGUUGAACACCAAAUUGAUUUAAUACCUGGGGCAAGCUUACCAAACAAACCUGCCUAUAGAACUAACCCCAAGGAAGCCCAGGAAUUGCAAAGACAAGUGGAGGAUCUGAUGAAGAAGGGCUUUGUGAGGGAGAGUUUGAGUCCAUGUGCAGUACCCACUCUGCUUGUGCCAAAAAAAGAUGGCACAUGGAGAAUGUGUAUUGAUAGUCGUAGUGUAAACAACAUCACCAUUAAGUAUAGGUUCCCUAUACCUAGGAUUGAUGACAUUUUGGAUGAAUUAGGGGGUUCUCAAUGGUUUAGCAAGGUGGAUCUUAGAAGUGGAUACCACCAAAUUAGGAUGAAAACAGGGGAUGAGUGGAAAACAGCCUUCAAAACCAAGUAUGGGCUAUAUGAGUGGCUUGUUAUGCCUUUUGGCUUGACUGGUGCCCCUAGCACUUUCAUGCGCCUGAUGAAUGAGAUUUUGAGACCUUUCCUAGGAAAAUUUAUAGUUGUUUACCUAGAUGACAUACUCAUAUACAGCAAGGACAUAGCAGAACACUUAAAUCACCUCCAACAGCUGUUUGAAGUAUUAAGGAAAUAG